AUGCACGGCAACGGCCUGUCCUCAAUUCUUCCCGGGAGGAAACCGUACAAGGUCCUCGUUGUCGGCGGUUCGUAUGCUGGCCUCUCGACGACACUUAAUCUACUAGACCUAUGCCAUGGCAAGCCUACGCGGUUCUCGCUCGCUGCGUCACCAGAUCUAAGAGCGUCAAACGAAAGGAUUCCCGUUCAGAUUACCUUGGUCGAUGAGAGAGACGGAUAUUAUCAUCUCAUUGGCAGUCCCCUUGCCUUUGCGUCUCGAGACUACGCCGCGAAAGCAUGGACUAGAUUCCAGGAUAUACCCGCCCUCCAAACACCUGAGGUGAGAUGCGUACAAGGUCGAGUUACCUCUAUCGACUGCCAGGGCAAAACUGCCACGAUUCUCGAAACUGGGACAAACAGGCAAAUUGACGAGGAAUAUGACUAUUUCGUAGCGGCAUCAGGGCUCGCGCGGAAUUGGCCCAGUGCGCCACAGUCGUUGACCAGAGAAGAGUACCUUCAAGAAACGAGAAAGCAUAUUAAAUACCUCGAAAAUGCACACGAUAAGAUUGUUGUUAUUGGUGGAGGCGCUGUUGGCAUCGAAAUGGCAGCUGAACUCAAGCUCGCGCAGCCCGAGAAGGACGUGGUUCUUAUCCAUUCCCGAUCGAAGCUCCUCUCGUCUGAGCCCCUUCCAGAUGAAUACCGCGACAAUGUCCUCUCUCUUCUCCAUGACUCUGGCGUCGAAACAAUAAUGAGCUCUCGAGUCGUGAACAUUUUGCCGACUGAGCUAAAGGGGGGCUGUGCUCCAAGCACCGUUGUGGAACUGGACGAUGGCAGAAAUAUCAAAGCUAGCUAUGUCAUUAAUGCGGUUUCAAGAUACCGGCCAACUUCAUCCUAUUUGCCUCCCAGUGCGAUUAGCAAAGAUGGAUACGUCAGAAUAACACCUGCGUAUGAUGUCUCAACCUGGCCUUUGAUAUGA